GCUCUGAGGCACAUUUAACUGAGAAGUUUGCAGCGGGAGAGGCUUUCCUUCAAGCUGUUAGUGUUUUAUCCUGGCAGGCUCCUCGAGAUUGUUGUGAGGAGUCUAGCCAGUUGGUGAGCUUUGUAAUCUAAACCAGCUGUCCCAGGCUGAGGCCCCCAUUUGCAUUGUUUAACAUACUUAGAAAAUGAAGUGUUCAUUUUUAACAUUCCUCCUCCAAUUGGUUUAAUGCUGAAUUACAGAAGAGAACUAAGCAAAACCAGGUGCUUUCUCUGUAUUCUCUCCAGUGUCUGAGGAGGUACGGACUGCUCCCGAUCUUCUCCGUUACUUGCUCUUUCAUUCUUUGGACUAUAAAUGACUGAGGAACUGAAGUGCUAGCAGAGGGUAAUGUUUGGAAACACUUUCUAGUUAUUCAUCAGCACGAGCUCUGUUUUUUUUCCACCUUUUCCCAACGGUUUUGGACAUGCAAGGAUUAAAAAGGAUACUGACUGCUUUCACACUGACCAUCUGCCUUUCGAGUCCUGGAAAAGCACAGCAACAAUGCACUAAUGGGUUUGACCUGGACCGUGCCUCUGGGCAAUGCUUAGAUAUUGAUGAAUGUCGGACUAUUCCUGAGGCCUGUAGAGGAGACAUGGUGUGUGUCAACCAGAAUGGUGGCUAUUUAUGUGUACCACGGACAAACCCAGUGUAUCGAUCACCAUAUCUGAAUCCUUAUUCAAACGUUUACCCACCACCCCCAGCGCCAGGCCCUGUUCCUAACUACCCUACUGUUACAAGACCUCUGAUUUGUCGAUUUGGUUACCAGUUGGAUGAAAACAAUCAGUGUGCUGAUAUUGACGAAUGUGCUUCCGAUUCUCACCAGUGUAACCCCACCCAGAUCUGCAUCAAUACUGAGGGGGGAUAUACCUGUUCCUGCACUGAAGGCUACUGGCUGCUAGAAGGCCAGUGUUUAGAUAUAGAUGAGUGCCGUUAUGGCUACUGCCAGCAGCUGUGCGCCAACGUGCCUGGUUCUUACUCCUGUACGUGCAACCCAGGCUUUACCCUUAACGAUGAUGGAAGAUCAUGCCAAGAUGUGAAUGAAUGUACGGGAGAAAACCCUUGCUCUCAGACUUGUGUCAAUACCUAUGGUUCUUUUCUCUGCCGCUGUGAACCUGGUUACGAACUGGAAGCUGACGGAGUUAACUGCAGUGACAUGGAUGAAUGCAGCUUCUCAGAGUUCCUCUGCCAGCAUGAAUGUGUGAAUGGGCCUGGUUCUUACUACUGUGUCUGUCCUUCGGGCUAUAACCUGCUUGAUGAUAGCAGAAGCUGCCAAGAUAUCAAUGAAUGUGAAAUUAGAAACUUCACCUGCACUCUACAGCAAACAUGUUACAAUAUCCCAGGAGAUUAUAAAUGUUUAGAUCCAGUAAGAUGUGAGGAACCUUAUAUCCAGAUUAAUGAGAACCGCUGUAUGUGUCCAGCUGAAAACCCCGGCUGCAGAGAUCAACCAUUCACCAUCCUGUACAGAGUCAUGGAUGUUCUGUCUGGGCGUUCAGUGCCUUCUGACAUCUUUCAGAUGCAAGCAACAACUCGCUACCCUGGAGCCUAUUACAUCUUCCAAAUCAAAUCAGGGAACGAGGGCAGGGAAUUCUACAUGCGGCAAACAGGACCCAUCAGUGCUACGCUGGUGAUGACCCGUCCUGUGAAAGGGCCUCGCACUGUUCAGUUGGACUUGGAAAUGAUCACUGUCAACACCGUCAUCAACUUCAGAGGAAGCUCUGUCAUCCGGCUGAGGAUAUUUGUAUCACAGUACUCAUUCUAAACCUUGAGUUGGUGCCCUGUAAACAUUAAAAACAAAGACACGGUUCCUCCUCUGCAGAACUCUCUCCUCAGAAGCCAGUACGUAUAGCAGCUCAAAACCAAGUCAGUAUUUCCACAGACCCAGUGACCUAUGCCUGUCUGAGGAGAGGGGCCUCUUCAUGCACACCCCUACCAGGAUGCAGACCUCUGAAGGUGUAUCGGCAGCAGAUCCCAUAUGAUUCUCUUAUGUGGUCAUGUAUUUUAAGGACUCUUUUUAUCCACUGUAAACAUUUCUAGGGUAUGAGUCUAUGUUUCAAAGACUGUGAAACCUUUGUAGCUCCAAGGCUGCUUAGCAAAAAGCACCACAGAAACUGCAGAAAAAGCUGGCUUUUGCAAUCUUGCAUUUUUUUUUCUCAUUAUGAAUGGAAAGCUGACAAACAAGUGAAAACUAAAAAAAAAGUCACCUAUUGAAACAAGGGAUCUCAGAAGUGCAAAUUUACAUUUGCAGUUAACUUUGAAAUUAUCAGUCGAGCACUUUGUUUCAAUUCACUCUGCAUUUGUCUUACUUUCACCUGAUUUUCUUUGAUUCUGUUUUGUACUUAAAAUUCAUUGUAAAUUCAUUCCAAAAUAUUUGCUGUAUUAUGUAAUCUUCUACUUUCUAACAUCAUGUCACAUCUUUGGGUUCCUUCCUGUAUUAAAUCGUUCUGUACAACAGAGCUCACAGAAAUCCAUCACUGGAUGGCAUGUUUUACACUGAUUAGGGUGUUAUUCUUAGUUACAGCCAGGCUCUUUGACACAGGUCUCCACUGCCAGAAUUGUGUCAUAGAAUUACCCAGGUUGGAAAAGACCUUGAAGAUCAUCAAGUCCAACCACAGCCUAACCAUAGUACCCUAACUCUAACAACCCUCUGCUAAAUCAUAUCUCUGAGCACCACAUCCAAAUGGCUCUUAAACACAUCCAGGGAUGGUGACUCAACCACCUUCCUGGGGAGCCUAUUCCAGUACUUAAUGUCCAGGGACUUCAAAGCAGGUGAGAAUCAGAAUUUUUCGCUCUUUCUCAGUGCAAUGGUUGCAAACAGUUUAUAAUGGUUGUAAGGUAGCAAUUCUAACUUUUCAGCAAAGGCUGCAACUAAUCUCUUGUUCAACAAGCACUCAGUUCAAAUAUGUCCAAAUUCCUUUAGGAAAGGAAAUAAUAACUAUUCUGUUUGCACAGAAUCUCUCUCCUACAUUCCUGAAAUUAGGGAAAACAAGCUGAAAAGGACUUGAAAUAGCCAUGUCAUUCAUGCCUCUGCCACAAAGCAGACCCACCUAUGCCAGUACCCAGACCUCAAAUGAUGGGAUCCCACAGUUUCCAUAGGUAAUGUCUUCUCAGGUAUAACUGCUGUAAUCAAUAUAAAGUUUUUCCUAAAGUCUAACCUGAGUUUCCCCUGUUGUAAUGUAAGACUAUUGCUUUUUAGCAUACUUGCAGUAGAAAUAGAGAGCAGUUUAUCUUCUCCAUUGCAACAGUCUUUAACGUGUCUGAAGACUGUUGUCACGUCUCCCCUCAGACUGUUCCUCUCUAGUCUAAACAAACCCGAUUCUUUUGGUCUUUCCUCAUACAUCACAUUUUCUGGACCUUUGAUCAUUCCUGUUGCUCUCAUCUGGAUCCUCUCCAGUUGGUUCACAUCUUUCUCAAAGUGCAUUGCCCAAAACUGUGAAAAGUAUUCCAGCUGAGGCCUCACAGUGCUAGACUAAAUAUAUAUAUAUAUAUAUAUUUAGGUGUUUGAAAAUAAAAUUAAUUGUAUAGUUUGGAGGUAUUGUCCUCAUGUUGUUAAAGUCACUGGCAGUUCAGAGUUUUAUUUACUAAGGACAAGGCUUCAAACGCUUUGUUCUAUAUUUCUCUGAAGAAACUACUUGCUUUUUCCCCUUUCUUUUUCCUUAUUCUCUUAUUUGCUCUCAAGGAUUGCUAGCACAAAACAGAUAACCUUUCCUGAGUCUUUUUGAGGACAGGAAUUGUUUAAUGCUACUUGGGAAAGGGAGUUUAUAAGGAUUAUAGCAUGAGUAGACUGGAGGAGAGUUGAAGGCUUUUAUUCUCAUAUGGGGGGCUUCAUUCAAGUCAAGUAUCAAAUGGGAGAACACAGGCUCAGAAAAGUUAUCACAGCUCAGGCUGCCUGGCGCUCUUGCAUCAGCUGACUCUUGUGCUCAAUAAGCUCUACAAGUUUAUCUGGGGUAGUUUUUUCUGUAGGUAUAGAAGUGACUGCUCUUUUUACUGGCACUUAGCUUGAGAAAGUCCUGAUGCAAUGGCCUACAACAGCUAAAUGCUGAGUUGAGUGUGCUUUAGCAGCUUCCACUUCUUAAUAAAGUUUUCUCAUUGAUGCUGCAACACACUAGGCUCCUGUGGCUCAGAGCUCUGCAUGCAGGCUGUCUUUUACUAUGGAAACAGACCAACUUGAGAUUGACUCCAGGCUUUAGGGGGCUAAGCAGAGGGCAGGAAGCCAAUGAGUUUUGUGAGUAGCCAACUGGAGGGUACAAAUGUAGAGGAAACCUGCAGGGACAAAGAAAUAUCAGGGAAAUAUCAGGAAUAUGCUUUCCAAGUGUAUUGAGGCUCACCAGAUGCCAGCCAUGAAGGGGAAAAUAGAAAUGAUCAAGAAGGAGGAAUGCUAGUUUAUAACCAUGAACUAGUUUACAACUCACGGGUCCCAGGUGAUGGAAGGCAGACAUAGGAAAUGAGGCUCUGGUAGCCCAGGACACAGAUAUGGGGCAGGCAGUGUCUUAAAUGAAAGAUGUUAAACUCAAUGUGCUGAGUUUUUCCAGAACAUAAAAGCCGUUCUUCACCCCCGUUGUGCCUCCAUGUUAUCACUUUUUCGUGCCCAGUGGAGUCCUUUCUCCUCCUGCUGUCACAUCACCUGGAGAGGAAGUGCACUCUGUUAGAUAUCAGACAGUUCCUCACUUUUGGGCUGUUCUCCCAUGGUCACUGCAUACCAAACCAGUUUAACCCUAAUUAAGAAAUAUUAAAGAAAUAACAGAGGAAUUCCAUUACUAAACACUUUGUUAAAAGGAUAAGGCUCAAAUGCCUGGUUUUAGCAACAAAUAUUCAUAAAACAAUAUUACACUUUCUAUGUAAACAUUUUGUGCCUUAGAAAAAAAAAAGUGAAAAGUCUGGAAACAAAGGAAUUCAGCCACUUCUCAAUCGCCAUAACAUCUUUCAUCACUCACUAUCGCUCCAGCCAACUUUAACUUUGCCAAAAUAUAUGCCAAUCUCAAAACAAUAACUUACUCGCAGUUUGUAACAUCUAAACUCUCCAUUUCCUAUUCAAAAGUCUGUUUCCAAUAGAUUGUUACAGGCUCAUGUAUUACAGCAAAUUGUGCCAAAUAAAAAGGAAAAAGGAAUAUGCACGUCAGGGUUUUACAGGAUCCGGUGCUAUAGAGCUGGAUGGGUCCUACCUGACGUAUUUGUCUUUGAAAUAUUUUUAGGUGACAGGAUUUUUGUUAACACAGACAACAAAAUGUUAUCUCACUUAGGAGUUUGCUGGAUCCCACAGAAUCACUUUUCAACUUCUGCUUCUCUGACCACAAUAGCUUUGGUGGAAACAGCUGAGCUACAAGAGCCUGCGCACCCACCACCGCGGAGGUAGCAUCCUGUGCUGUUCACGCAGAACCAACAACUUUCACCUUUUCAAUUGGGGAGCCUGUGCCCAUAUUUUCUUGCUUCAGACUUUACAAGAGUCAGCUUUCAUCAUCUCAGAAACAUGGUCUUUAGGUUAGCAUAACACGUGCAUUCACUAUCUCUACAUAGAACAAGCAGAGCAAAAUAAUCGAUACAUUUUGUGGUCAUUCAAUUCAUCCAGUCUGGCUCAUUCACAGAGUGCUACUGGAUCUUUUCUGCAGCAUUUAGCUGUGUUAGAAGCUAAUAAAAAUUUCAUAGCAGAAAGGUGUUUCAAAAAUAAUAAAAAAAUAAAUAAAAAUAUGCCCUAGCAUUAUUUAAGCCUGAAAGGCACCAUUGUUGAAAUAAAUCUGGAUGGAAAAACCCUCAGCUGGUGUUAAUUUGCAUGACUGCUGCUCUUCAAUGGAAAGAGAAAAAGUAUACUGAAGAUCUUCCCUGUGUGUGUAUAAAGCACUGUGAUGUAUUUGUAUACAAAGGAGAAUUUAUGGAAACUAAGACUAAUAGUAGUGUGGCUUUGCAUUUGGAAGCUAAAGAGUUAUAAGAUGACAAACUGUGUAUCCUCCUCUGACAUGAGCAUUUACAAGUGACUUAAACACAUCACUUUCUGUUGCUUUAUGCCUUUGAACCAUUUCUGACUAGCUUAACCCAGAAGCAGGUGCCAUGCAUGAAAUCUGAAGUUGAUAAUUAUAACAAGACUUCCUUUAGAAUGUCUGCCCAGAAAGGCAACCUACACUCAAGAUCUGUGUAAUAGAGAGUGUAAUGGCCCAGAGGUUGUCUCAGAUCCUGUAGGUGUCCUUUUCCUCAUCUGUUUCACUGCAGGGCACAUCUGAUGUUUCUAAGUCUGCAUAUCAGAGGUGGAAACCUCACCAACUACAGGUUUUAUUUGUUCAGACCUCUGAGAUCCCUGUAGUGGUUUCCACUGGCCAAAUGAAACUCAAGUGUAACUCAAGUAAUACCAGUAAAAUCACAUGAGGCAGAUACGCUUUUACACUGGUAAGCAAAUAAUGAUGCUGAGUAGCAAAGGAAUCCUUAGAAAACACUUCAGCAACCAAAAUCUCCACAAAUAUUCAGUCUCUUUCAGCUCUCUACUGGUUCUCAUUUCUCCUUUGUGCAUUUGUCCUGAACAAGUGACCUCAUUAUGGUCAGGCACUGCAAAUGCAUGAUGAAGGAGCUCCACCUUUUCUGUAGCAUUACCCAACAUUUUUCAUUCUGUUUUUUGGAUAUGAGUUGUAGGCUUUGCAUCUCUUUUAUGUCCUAACUGACCUCUGUUACUUUUCUUACAGCCAAGACAGACUCUUUAUUUCCCUGCCAGGUUGCUCUGCUCCCAGCAUAAGAGCAAGUUCUUCAUGCUUUGCUGGAAAUGCAGACACAGUGCUGGCCCACCUGCUGCUUUUGCACCCUGCUCUCUGUAGUGCCAUUAGGCAUGCUUACAGCAAAGUGGAGAGUUGAAAGAAUUGCCCUGCCUGCUGUCAGAACCUCAUUUCACAAAAAGCAUUUGAGAAAAAAAUAGCCAUUCCACAAUUUUGAAGGUAUCAGAAGCUCUCUUAAGUCCUGAUGAGUCACAUUUCCUGAAAUUGGGUCUGUAUCAUGCUGUCUUGAGAGUCACAAAGCUUUUCCAGAAGUCCCGUAAGGACAUGCUUGUGGAAUACAUCUUCUUUAGACUCUUCACAUUUCAGAUGAGGUUUUCUCAGUUUCCAAACACUAACUGUCCCAGCCAGAGACAGUGCAAUGUGAUUGUGACUGUGCUGAAGUCAGUGAUUGCUACCCCAACAUCAGGUCUGGAUUUAGCCCAGUUUUAUUUUAAGUCUUGAAUCUCAGUGUCAGUGGUAUAUAUGUAAACAGAUAUGUAUUAUUUUGACAGUAGACUUGAAAGAUUGUUUCCAGCAAAUAAACAGUAGUAUGACUGCA